AUGACACAUCAAAAUCGAUCAGACGUGAUCGAGGCUAAUCCCAUCGGAAAUGGACUUGAUGCUUUUCGCUCCUCAUUUCAUUCAAUAUGUGAUAGCAGACGCCUCCUUCGCUCGCCCAGAGCACUAGAUCAGCUUAGUCUCGACGGUAUGUCCCCCGGUACUUUGAAAUAUGUUACUAUCGCUCUGACUGUAAAUGAAGACCUGCAGAAUCUUUCCAUAGAUCUCCUCUUGGCACUCCAAAAUAUUCGAGCUUCCCGCCUGCUCCGCUCUGGUGGAAACGGGAAGAACCUCCUCAGCGAUCUACUGAGAGUCAAUUCCACCGUCAACUCGGGCGAAUUCGACUUUGACCACAUCAAACCACUCCUGAAAGUAGCUCUUGCUGACAGUCUUGAUGAUACCCUUAUCUGGAAUCAUGUUUACGACAUCGUUACCGAAACUACCCCCCCUCCCCGAGCGAUUGCUUCCUCUAUACAACAGACCCCAUGGAGCCAAAACACGAGCAGCUUCGUAAACUCGUCAGAGCUCCGCCAGGACGUGGACAGAGUUUUGAAGCAGGAACUUGGACCCCUCUAUGUUGGCGUUCCCAAUUUCUGUGACACCUUCUUUAAAGGCGUGCCAGAUCUAGGGACGAUAGCUGAAACGGUCUUCAGCAAAUGCACUGAAGGCGACAACCCACUCUUCAGUGGAGGAUGGACCGGGUGGCCGACAGGCGCAAAGGAAAGCGACGUGCUUGCUUGGUUUGUUGACCUUAUCCCGAGGUUGGAUGCAUUUGAAGAUGACCGCAAUUCGACCCUACCACAUCGACGAAAGCUAUUGGCGCAGCCCAAAACACCACUGCUAGGCUCUACGGGCAAACGCAGCAUGGACAUUGGCUUCGUUAAUAGCGAUAUCACGUACAAGCCCGACGCCGCGGAUUCGAAAUAUCGUUGGUCACACGUCCUCGUAGCAGGCGAACUAAAAAGCAACCCGAAGGCCGACAUAGCAUCGAUUGCAUGGAUUGAUCUCGCCAGGUAUGCGAGAGAGGUGCUCGCCGCUCAAGAUACCCGCCGCUUCGUCUUGGGAUUUACGCUCUGCGGGUCUCUUAUGAGGGUAUGGGAGUUCGACAGGCUCGGGGGGGUCGCCUCCGAACAAUUCGACAUCAACAAGGAGGAAGGUGGGCUACAGUUUGUGACCACAAUUCUGGGGUUUCUGCGGAUGAACGAGGAGAUACUUGGGUUUGAUCCUACCAUAAUAACAACCGGCGGCCAGAAAUAUAUUGAGAUCGAACGAAACGGUCAGACAGAAUGUCUUAUCAUCGAGGAGGUCAUGAAGCGCGCACCAUGCAUCGCAGGCCGAGCGACAACUUGUUGGAAAGCUCAUCGUAAAGAUGACCCGCGGACGCCACUUGUCAUUAAGGACUCGUGGCAGUAUACCGACCGGGACGAAGAGGGCGAACUGCUCCAAGAAGCCACCGAGAAAGGCGUGAUUAACGUUGCCCGAUACUACCACCAUGAGACUGUUCGCGUCCGCGGUGGUGAAGACGACGUUCGAAGCAGCGUUCGGCAGGCACUGGACGUCACAAAAGCUGAAAAUUAUCGACCGUCUCGCCCAAUGCAGCCGUCAGGAAUGAGGGCGUCUAGUGUUUCUCGCAAGGGCCGCAGCAGCAGCGGCGGCGUGAAGCGACCCUCGAGUGACCUUGGCGUCGCCCUGCCGCCAACCAAACGAACCUGCUCUACAUCUCCAACAAAGCUCGGCAUGGAUGCACUGUCAAAUCGGAUACAUCGGCGUGUUAUUCUUCGAGACUAUGGGAAGCUGGUCUACAAGGCAAGCUCCCGAGUGGCCCUGCUUGCAGCAAUGGAGAGAUGCAUCCAGGGGCACGAAUCCUUGUAUAAUGCCGGCUUUCUCCACAGGGAUAUUUCCAUCAACAAUCUUAUGAUCAAUGAAGACGAAGAGAACCCGUCCUGGGCGGCUUUUUUGAUCGAUCUCGACCUUGCCAUUAGGGACCAAAGGGGGCCUGCUUCGGGAGCCAAAGGAAAGACGGGCACAAGGGCCUUCAUGGCUAUCGGGGCACUUCUAGGACAGUAUCAUUCAUUCAUGCAUGACCUUGAGUCAUUCUUCUGGGUGCUGUUCUGGAUAUGCAUCCACUACAACGGGCCGGGUGAAGAUAUUGGAGCAACUGAGUUCGAGAAGUGGAAUUAUGUUGACAUGCGGGAACUGGCAAAGCUGAAGAAGGGAGAGGUCUCUGAUGAAAGAGACUUCCUCAAAACAGCAGAAGAGAAUUUCACGUCGCAUUACCGAUGUUUAAUACCUUGUAUUAAUAAUUUGCGGAAGGUGGUGUUCCCAAAUGGCAGGAGGUGGGAAAGGGAAGAUUCCCAGUUGUAUUCUUCGAUGAAGAAUAUUCUACGCGAAGCUCAGAGGGAUACAAAGGUGGUUGGAGUGUAG